CAGUUCUGCGGCACAUUUUUCCUGAAAGAACAAUGUAUUCAAAGGUGGACCUGGAGUUCUGUGCUGGAAGCCAGUGCUCUCACUUGGACAGACAGAUCCGUCUCCAUUGAUCCUGAUUAUCUAAUUACAAAGACUGAAAACUCAUUACUCUGCAGCCAAUAGCCAAUCAAUUUAUCAACUAGAUACAUCGUGUUUAUUUAUGCCCUCUCAGCCUGCAGAAGAUAAACUCGUGAAACACCUCGAGAGAGACUUCGGUGCAGAGGAAAAGAUGAGACAGAUUAGGAAACCACAGAUGAAUUUAGUCUCACGUAAAAUCCCAAAGUCCAUCGACAAAUGAGCGGAGAAAACUCACACCUGUGGACUUUCCCGCAGGCGGGUCCAUGCAAGUAGAUUACAGGUGAACGGCUAUUUCAGCGGUGGCUUAGCCAGUGCUCAGCAGAAACAGCUCAUUGGGAAAUAAUUUAGGAUUAGAUGGGCUGCCUAAUCUCUUUAUGGAGUGUGCCACCUCAGCAGACAUACCUGCCUACCUCCAUGACUUAACAGGAACUCCAGCUUUCUCUGCCGGGCUGCGAUGGAUCGCUCUCAUUCACCUCCAGCUACGGCUGCUUUUGAUGAAUUGUUUUGAGUCUGUGCCAUUGACUGGGAGUCCACAUGGAGCUGCCUAUACACACCCAAAUCGAAGUCAUACCAUGCAAAAUUUGCGGAGACAAAUCAUCAGGAAUCCACUACGGAGUCAUCACGUGUGAAGGAUGCAAGGGCUUCUUCAGACGAAGUCAGCAGAAUAAUGCCUCCUAUUCCUGCCCACGCCAGAGGAACUGCCUCAUUGACCGAACAAACCGAAACAGAUGCCAACACUGUCGCUUGCAGAAAUGUCUAGCACUAGGAAUGUCCAGAGAUGCGGUUAAAUUUGGCCGCAUGUCAAAGAAGCAGCGCGACAGUUUGUAUGCCGAAGUCCAGAAGCACCAGGCCCGACUUCAGGAACAGCGGCAGCAGCAGACCGGGGAAGCAGAGGCUCUGGCUCGGGUUUACUCCUCCAGCCUGACAAACGGACUGUCUACUCUGAACCAUGAGAUUGGAGGCACAUACGCCAAUGGUCAUGUGAUUGAACUGCCUAAAGGAGGUCAUGGUAACGGAGUCGGGGUGCCAGGGGGUUACUAUGGGAUGGACUCCACUCAAGCAUCGCCGGACCAGUCGGGGUUGGACAUGUCAGGCAUGAAGCACAUAAAGCAGGAGCCUGUGUAUGAUCUGACGCCGGUGCCCAACCUUUUUAGCUACGGAGGCUACCAGGAAACUCAACUGGGACCUAACAACGCCAGCAUGGGAGAACUGGACCGCAUUGCACAGAACAUCAUCAAGUCCCACCUGGAGACGUGUCAGUACACAACAGAGGAGCUCCAGCAGCUAGCCUGGCAGACACACUCCUAUGAAGAGGUCAAGAUGUACCAGAGCAAGCCUCGCGACGUGCUGUGGCAGCAGUGUGCCAUUCAAAUCACCCAUGCAAUCCAGUAUGUGGUGGAGUUCGCCAAGCGCAUCUCAGGGUUCAUGGAACUGUGCCAGAAUGACCAGAUUCUCCUCCUCAAGUCAGGAUGUUUGGAGGUUGUGCUAGUAAGGAUGUGCAGAGCCUUCAAUCCUCUCAACAACACUGUGCUCUUCGAAGGAAAGUACGGGGGCAUGCAGAUGUUUAAAGCACUAGGUUGUGACGACCUAGUGAGUGCGGUGUUCGACUUUGCCAAGAGUUUGUGUUCACUGCAGUUGACGGAAGAAGAAAUUGCCCUCUUCUCCGCAGCAGUCUUGAUUUCCACAGAUCGACCGUGGCUGAUGGAGCCCCGGAAGGUUCAGAAGCUCCAGGAGAAGAUCUACUUUGCUUUGCAGCACAUUAUGCAGAAAAACCACAUGGACGAGGACGCACUCGCUAAGCUGAUCAGUCGCAUCCCCACGUUGUCCGCCCUGUGCACCCUCCACACCGAGGAGCUCCAGGCCUUCCAGCAGCUCCACCCAGAAACAGUCAACAUUCUCUUCCCUCCGCUCUACAAGGAACUCUUCAACCCCGACCCCAACUCCACCAUGGUCAUGCCCAAGUAACCGCCCGCCGCAGACUUACACGGACCAAGUACUUAAAAAGCCAAUGCAAGGCAUGACAAGCGUUUACAGUGCCAUCUCUAUGGCAACUUCAUGUUCUGCAACCUGGGCUCACAGUAAAGGAAGACUGCUAGAAACUUACCGUUACUGCCAACAACAAUAGGAAUGUCCAGCACUUACCCCACCCUGUUCACCGAUACAGUCUGAAGAAUGUAUAUACUAACGAAACACAGCAUAAGUGGGUCUUCAUCCUGUCUAAUGAACUGAACUGACUGACCAGAAAUGUACAGACUUUAUGAAUCUAGGAAUAAUUUCAAGCUGUCGAUCCUUAAAAAAAUGGGUAAGUUAAUUUGUUUUAACUUAAAAAAAAAAAACGUUUUGUUUUUUUUUCACAUUGUGAAGUUAAAGACGAAGAAGGAGGGGGAGGGAACAGUGAAUUUAGAGAAGCUAUUGUAGAUAUUCUUCUAUCGCAGAGGUGAUUCCAGUAUUACUUCUUAUUCUGGUUAAAUAAGUUAGCCUAAUUUAAGUACACAGCUGUCUGCGUUGGCUGAUUAUACCUUGUCUAUGUGUUUUUAUUUGACUUGAUAGUUUUCUGUGUACAGAAUUUGUAAAGAUGAGACGUGUAAUAGAAUAUGAGGUGAUAACCGGGAGACAAUUCGGGUUUGUUGAUAUAUAGGAGCCUUGUCUGGAUGUUGUUCAUAUGUAAAGAAGGCGACGCGCCCUUCUUACCAGAACUUAUGAAACAUGUAAAGAAAGCAUAUGAAGGAUUUAAAAAAAAAAAAAAAGUAACUAAUGGCUACUACUUUUCAAGGUGAAGAUGUAUACGUAAAUAUUCUAUUUUGCAAGAAAAAGAAAGGGCAGAUUUGCCACCCUAUCUCUAAUUUAAUCGUCGCUGCAAUAACCACGUCCAUUUAAACUUGGACGGCUUUUGAACAAUCAAACAGGGACAACAGAUCGGGACCCAGGACCUCACAGUGAACCCCACCUUCCCCCGCCCGGCGUCACUAGCGCGUGAAAGCUUCCGCAUGAGAUUCCACGUCAUUAAAAACGGACGCACAAAAGUCACACUUACAUUUCGUAACAAGAAGCAAACAUCAAAUCAUCGAUAGAAAGGCUGGUGACCUCCUGUUACUAUUUGCACAAUCCAGUCCAUGGAUGACAAUCGCUCCGGGCUGCGAAUAUGAAGGACCCUUUUCUCUAGAGAGCAAUAACUUGUACACUGCCUUUUCUAAUGCUGACCAUCUCCCUUAUAGCUGUUGAGAACAGGGUAGCAAUUUACACUCGAAUGCACUACAGCCUCAACUCACUGUCUUCUUCAGUGAAAUGACAAAAAUGAUUUGGGUUAAGGAUGAAUUUGUAGAAUCUCAUACCUACAAUAUGAGCUGCAAUGUUGAAUUGAAAUUCAUAUUGAAAACUGUGCUCGACAAUCACUUUAUAUUUGUCUCUUGGUAUACACAUAUUCAUAAGCACUUAAAACAUAUAUAUCAUUGAACAAUUGAUGACAGUUUGGCCACUGCAUUAAAAGAGUUCCGACCCUAUUUUUAAAUAAAUAAAAACAGGUUAAUGAUACGUGUUGCUGUGUGUUAUUACAUCAUAACAACACAGUGGGCAAAAUCAAUCCAAUGUGCAUUAACACUGCAAAAAUAUGCAUUUAUUGACGUGAGAGCCACAAAUUUAGACAGAUUUAGAGCUCCGCUGAACAUUCCAGUCCGUUCACUGCUGCCUUUCGAGACUAAAUCAUGGGUUCAUUCAAAGCCGAGGAUCUACUUUUGGACUCCUGACCCUACCCCGAUCAGAGGCCGGUGACUUUAAGACAAUCACUCAUAAAGGCUUGAUGCACUACUCAGCAUCUCUCAGGGAGCCGCUCUUUUUUGACUUUGCAUUAAAAGAGGGUUUAAUGUUUUUUGCAAAUUUAAAAAAAAGGAAAAAAAAAAAAAAAAGAAAAGUACUUAUUCGGUACUUCCGGCACAGGUGUGUCAGCAAUCUGCCCAGACAAGGCUUUGGUUAUAAGUGUCUGCGUGGAUGAGCAUACAGAGCAUGAAUUCACUGUCUAAAAAUCGCUUCAGAAUUUAUGAUGAGCAUUGUUUAAAAAAAAAAAAAAAAAAUCAUUAUCCUAUGUAUCAGUAUGCUCGUGUCAUCCGUGUACACUGGUGUUUACUGCUGCGUUGCUGCUUUGAGGGACAGUGUGGAAAGUAAGCUGUGAAUCAAGCGUGACUGGGACAGUGAAUUCUGACUCUGAAAAUGAACCUUUUAUGUGUGAUGUUUUUAUUUUCCCUUUUUAGACUGUGAAUCAGAGGGGUGGGAUUAGGUUUGUGAGAGGGGCUGUGCUGGCAAGAGCAAGUGGCAACACAACACUGUAAGUAAGAAACUGUAGCAAUAAGAACUGGAGGCAUUUACUACUGUCAUGUUUGCAUUGUAAGAUUAUUUUUUAUUUUAUUACUAUUUACUAUUAUUAUUGUUCUUAUUAUGACUACUAUUCUUCUAUUACUAUUAGCCUAUCGUUGUUCUGUUCUAUUUGCAUGACGUUUCAUUGCAAUGAAACAUUUGGGACUUUGUGUUUUCUCUUCUAAUCAUAUUGUGGGCGGGGAGGGGCAUUGGCAGGGCGGGAAACGGGCCUAGGACGAACUUCACGUCAAUCCAGUCAGUUCAAAGCAACCUUUUUUUCAUAACAUGAAGAACUUUUGAAAUAAAAUUCUCUUAUUUAUACACGAUGGAUUUAAACUAUGUUGUUUAAAUUGACUUUUUGUUCAACCUUUGAAUGUGUGAGUUGGUACAACCUGUCAGUGAACGGCUCUUGCUGAACUGGCCUUAUUGAAACCGGAUUAGAGACCCUUGACCUCGUGUGGGAGACAAUGAGAAAGGGUCAUCUUUUCUGAAUGUUAUGGAGUAGCCUGUUCAGUGUGAGAGGCUGAACACAUCCUGAGCCUUUACCAUUCUACUAACACACCACAAAACGCACAAUAGCACUCGUCCACAGCCGACGAGACGGUUCAAACAGCCGAAAUUUCCAAAUGCUUUUCGUACGCAUUGUCAAAAAUACUGUACACUCCGAUAAACACUGGUACAAGAGUGCGCAUGUGAGCAAGAGAGGCGGUGUGAGAGUGAGCUCGCUCUACCGACGCUUUGUAAGCUUUUCUUGAUGUGUGCAAUUGGAGUUGAAAACUGUUAAUUUAUUGUUUAGAAUGUGUUUGCCUCCCAGAAAGAGCAAAUAAAACAAAAUGUAGCAACCGUAGCAACCUGUAUCCAGCCCCAAAAUGGAACUUGGUUACGGAACCUCUUUUUUUCAACUAAUGAAACAAACACAACAAACUUGAUGUAUAAACAUGUUUUCUUUUGUUUUCAAAGUGCCAUAGCUAGUAAUAAAAAAAAGGACAACUAGCAGAUUGAUGCUCCACUGUCUGAGUCUACUUGAGGAGUCAAUCUAAAAUCCAUGAAAUCUGUGUACUUGAUUACACUGACAGUCAAGCGUUUGCUUUUUUUUAUCUGAUGAAAGGGGAUUCUGUCGGACUCUGUGCUCCACUCUACUAUCUGUCCUCGGUCUUUUCAGCGGUUUUCAUCUUUUGCCUGAGAAUCAAAGUACGAGUGUGUGUACGCCGCAUGCUUUCUCAACUAAGAGCCGCAAAUAUUCUCAUGUGGCGGGUCAGAGUGGGUACAAGUUCAGCGCUAUGCAGGACCCUCACAGAGUCCUCCUUUGAAAUGUACAUACAAUGUUAUGGUCUGGAGUCAUUUUUGUUAAAAUUCUAUAUUUUAUCGCUUUUGUAGACAUUUUGAUGUGGGAAGACGAAAUAAAAAGACAUUUUAUGGGUGAAUUCCAGAGUUGCUUUCUUUGAAUCACUUGUGGAGAAUUUUCAACGUGCUUCAGUAGUCACAACGAUAGAAAAAUAGAGAUAACUGCGCCUUUGUUUAUAUA